GUGUCCGCAGCCUGCCAGCGUUACAGCGUUUCCCAGCUGGCGCUUAGCCGAGGCUGAAAUGAGCAGCUAUUAAUGCAGCGAUUGCGGAAUUGUGGCGGAGAUUUAAUCUCUAACAUUAAGGAGAUUCAUUUAAGAAUAAUGUCUUUGAAUACAGUCUCAUAGAAAGCUAAUUAGACGACAGGUUGCUCGUCGGAUAGGUAGGCUAGUUUAUUGAGGCUUUAGGAAGUGCUUUAAGUGAGGGAGCUACAGGUUUUUUUUUUUUUUUUUUGCCACUGUGGCAGCAGCAGAAACAGAACCGCCUGAGUGGACUUGGUCGUGUUUAUUUAUCUCAUUGUGGCUGCUGCAGUCUGUAUACAAAAUAUACUCUGAAUUACACGGGUUUCAAACGCUUUAAAGACCUCCGUUGCGCGUGCUAAUUUGCUAACCAGUGCGAAUUGUUUUAAUUAAAUCGCCCUCGGUUUGUUUACAUUGCCGGAUUCAUUAGCCUUGACCGUGCAUCCGAGACGUUUAAUCUAUCAAGCUACAGUGUCGUGCUGGUGCUUCAUACAGCAGCUUUAAUACACAAGAUACAGAAGAUUUUGAUUGACGUUAGCUAGCAGAGGCUAGCUAGUAGGUUUGUAGUGAAGCUAGGCUAGGAAAUCCGACCCGUGCGGAAAUGGACGACUUUAGCUCAAUAAGCCUGCUUUCACUGGCGAUGUUAGUGGGAUGCUAUGUGGCAGGAACAAUUCCUCUGGCUGUCAACUUUUCAGAGGAAAAGCUGAAGCUGGUGACAGUGCUGGGAGCAGGUCUCUUAUGUGGUACUGCCCUGGCUGUCAUUAUUCCUGAGGGAGUCCAUGCACUGUAUGAGGAGGUGCUGGAGGCAGGACACCACGUUCACGGUCAGGUCGAGGUGUCCGCGCCGGAUCAGAAGGCCGCCGAGUCGGUGGUAGGGCAGAGUCACGACCACGCACACAGCCACGAGGAGCUCCAUGCCUUCAUUGGGUUCUCUCUGGUGUUGGGAUUUGUCUUCAUGUUGUUGGUGGACCAGAUUGGCAGCUCACACAUACACAGCGGUGAUGAUCCCGAGGCAGCGAGAGCAGCCAGCUCUAAAAUCACCACCACACUUGGCUUGGUUGUCCAUGCUGCAGCUGACGGAGUUGCACUUGGAGCAGCAGCUUCUACCUCUCAGACUAGCGUCCAGCUCAUCGUAUUUGUCGCCAUCAUGCUUCAUAAGGCUCCCGCUGCCUUUGGCCUCGUCUCAUUCCUAAUGCACGCAGGUUUAGAGAGGAACCGGAUCAGAAAACACCUGCUGAUCUUUGCUUUGGCUGCUCCUGUUCUGGCUAUGAUCACCUUCCUAGGGCUCAGCCAGAGCAGUAAAGAGGCGCUGUCUGAUGUCAACGCCACAGGAGUGGCCAUGCUGUUCUCAGCCGGCACCUUCCUCUACGUCGCCACAGUGCAUGUCCUACCAGAAGUGGGAGGCACAGGCGGACACAGCCACUCAGCCAGUGGAGGAAAAGGACUGAGCAAGGUGGAGGUGCUGGCACUCGUCAUAGGCUGCCUCAUCCCUCUGGUGCUCUCUGUCGGCCAUCACCACUAAAAAGGGGGGGAAAAAGACUUGUGAACAAGGGACUUUUUAAAGUGAUGGCCGGUUGAUCUCCUCAUGCCUCUCUGUAUGGAUCAGAUCUGUGGCACAGAAAUGGACUUGUGGCACAACACAGGCAUGAUCACAUGACCAUAACCCCCAAGUGCUACGUGCUGAUAGCAGGCAUUAACCUUACAUAAACAAGUGACACCACAGGUUCAUGCUUUUUAUGGAGCUCUUUUGUUUUUUUGUUUUUUUUUGCCUCUACACACAUUGUUUUCUUUUUCUCUCAUUGUGGUUUCUGAAAUGUUUCUCUUUAAAAAAAAAAGUAAUGGUGAGCUACAUCUUUUUUUUUUUUUUAAUAUAAUGUGUAGUGAACUGCAUAACAAUUUUGAGUCAUGUGAUGGAGGUACCUUUUCUCUGGCUAUGUGAUUCCAUGGUUUUAUUGUUUUGUUUUGUUUUGUUUUCUUUACAGAACAGUAUGGAUACAACAAAAUGCAUUUAUCUAGGUUGUUCACUUGUGACUUAUAGUGUUCGUCAUCUGAGCUUCAGAUUAGACUCCAUUUCUGAGCUGUAUGGCCAUAACACGUAGACUGGGGCGUCCAAUUUUAUCCAGAAAGACACGAUGUCGGGGCAGGUUUUUGUUCCAAUCAAGCAGGAGCCAAACCUGAUUCCACCUGUUUAAUGAGUUGGUCUUGGCUUUCAAUAGACUCUCGGGUUUGGCUGUUACUUGGAUGAAAUGAAAACCUGCACCCACUCCGACCCUUUCUGGAUAAGAUUGGACACCUCUGAUGUAGACAUUUGUGCAGCAAUAGUUUUUCCAGCAUACUUCUUGUGGUUGAUUGAUUAGUAUUUUCUGUGCUAAUGAAUUGAGUAGGAGGAUUUUGUUUUUUGUUUUGUUUUGUUUAAUUUAUCAUCUUGAACAAAUAGUCAGAAAGAGUAUUAGAUUUAGUCACUAUAUAAAGCAUCCUCUUAAUAUCUAUUUUCUAAUCUGCCAAAUUUUUUAUAUUUCAUUUUUAAACAGUGAAACAGAAAUGGUGUCUGUUUUGCUGGUGGUGAAAAGGUGAAAAGAUGCAAGGCUUUUAUACACACGAGGGACCAUACGUGAAGUUAGGUGAUGAGUGGUAGAAUGGUGUAUAAUUAUUUACCAGGCCAGCUAUUUGAAUACCAGUUUAAAACGACGGUGAAGCUGGCUGGCUUGAAGGAACUGCUCAAGCUUUUUUACUCGUUUGUGUUUGUUACGCGUCACUCACACUCAGCUGCUGUUCAUUUUGAGGAGCAUCUCUGAGCUCUGCUGAUGUGGUCAAAGUGAAAUGCUUUUACUGUAAUUAUUGUGGUGCCUGCCCCAAUGCAGAGCCUCUGUAUAUAAUGCAUUGUGUACAAAUAACAGUCAGAUGAGCUUAAUGAAAUCUUCACUUGUAGCCCUCCUGUACUGAGUUUACACUCAGCAUUUUAGUACAGUUAAUAAUGGCAAGGAUAACGGGGUUGAUUGAAGUGAUGGGUAAGGGAAUGUAAUAAAUUUACAUUGAAUCACAAUAAUGCUACAUGGGGUUAUUUUGUGUCAAAAUUAUGAAACCCGAUUUAUUUAGAAUCAUACAUUACCAUGCAGGGCUGUAAAAUGAGUAGAUUUUUGAUUGGAAAAAUUUCCGAGUGAAUUAAAUGUGAUUAUGGCAUUUGAAACAUUUAAAGAUUGAUAUUUUAGGACCACUGGCUUACAGUGUAUGUGCAAUAUGUUGAUAUAAUUUUAAAAUAUUAAUGCUUUUUAUCAGAGGUCAAACAAUGGAAUUUGUGCCUGUUUUGUUGUGCCUAUGUUCAGCAUUGAAUGUCUUUGUAAUGUCACACUUUACAAUGGUGAUUAAGGGGCUUUAAGAAUUUGUAGGGGUUUGUAGUAUUUCUGUUUUUACCUAUCUUAGCUCUCUGUGAUGCCCCAAGUGUUUGUUCAUCCAACAGAGGGAAAAACAAAUGUCUCACACUGAAAGCCAACAGCGUCCUCACUCACUUUAUACCAAACUUGAGGCGACAAAAUAAUUUAUUUGUUUAUACUGAUUUAAAAAUGCCCCGUAAGUCAAUUUCCUCUCUGCCAGCGGACUGGAAGGCCAGUGUAAUGGUAAAAAGGGUAACGAAUAA